AAGAUCCAGAGGAAUAGGCCAGUGGAAGACCAACAACAGCUGUUCUUCUUUUCCCCGACCACAAAGUCACUCGACAGUUGAUUCAAAUCCUAUAAAUUCCAACUGCUCUUCUUCAUUUUCAAUAUCAAACGUUUCUUGCCUUAUUCGAACAAUAUCUGUUCUGCUCAACACUGACUCUUCCACGACGUCGGAGAAAUGGCUGGAGGGUUUGUCAGUCAAACGCCGGGAGUUCGAAACUAUAAUUACAAAUUGACACCUAAAGUGUUCAUAACAUGUUUCAUCGGUGCUUUUGGUGGUCUCAUCUUCGGAUACGAUCUCGGGAUCUCAGGAGGGGUAACCUCAAUGGAGCCGUUCUUGAAAGAGUUUUUCCCUCACGUGUACAAAAAGAUGAAGAGCGCACAUGAGAAUGAGUACUGUCGUUUCGAUAGUGAGCUUCUCACUCUCUUCACUUCGUCUCUCUAUUUAGCGGCUCUGGUCUCUUCCUUAUUCGCCUCCACGAUAACCCGAAUUUUUGGAAGGAAGUGGUCUAUGUUUCUUGGUGGUUUCACCUUCUUUGUCGGCUCUGCUUUCAACGGCUUUGCCCAAAACAUAGCCAUGCUUCUCAUCGGUCGUAUUCUACUCGGUUUCGGUGUCGGAUUUGCCAAUCAAUCUGUUCCGGUUUAUCUGUCGGAAAUGGCACCUCCGAAUCUUAGAGGAGCCUUCAACAACGGGUUUCAAGUAGCAAUCAUAUUUGGUAUUGUUGUUGCAACGAUCAUCAAUUACUUCACUGCACAGAUGAAAGGGAACAUUGGGUGGAGAAUCUCCCUAGGGUUAGCUUGUGUCCCUGCAAUGAUGAUCAUGUUCGGAGCUCUGAUCCUUCCCGACACUCCAAACUCCCUCAUCGAACGUGGCUUCGCUGAAGAGGCCAAGGAAAUGCUUCGAUCUCUCCGAGGAACCGAUGAAGUCGAAGAAGAGUUUCAAGACCUCAUUGAUGCAAGCGAGGAGUCUAAGCAAGUGAAACAUCCAUGGAAGAACAUCUUGCUUCCACGUUACAGACCACAGUUGAUCAUGACUUGCGCCAUUCCUUUCUUCCAACAGCUUACCGGAAUCAAUGUCAUUACAUUUUACGCUCCCGUUCUGUUCCAAACCCUAGGGUUCGGUAGUAAAGCCUCGCUCUUAUCAGCUAUGGUAACGGGUAUCAUCGAGCUCCUGUGUACCUUCGUCGCUGUUUUCACAGUUGAUAGGUUUGGAAGAAGAGUCUUGUUCCUCCAGGGAGGUAUCCAGAUGCUUAUCUCUCAGAUCGCUAUUGGAAUCAUGAUUGGAGUCAAAUUUGGAACAGUUGGAACAGGGAACAUAGGGAAAACAGAUGCUAAUGUUAUCGUGGCACUGAUCUGCAUCUAUGUAGCGGGUUUCGCCUGGUCAUGGGGACCGUUGGGAUGGCUGGUCCCUAGUGAGAUAUCUCCACUAGAGAUCCGAUCAGCAGCACAAGCCAUAAACGUAGCGGUCAACAUGUUCUUCACAUUCCUUGUAGCUCAGCUCUUCCUUACGAUGCUUUGUCACAUGAAAUUCGGACUGUUCUUCUUCUUUGCGGUGUUUGUCUUCAUAAUGACGAUAUUCAUCUACUUGAUGUUGCCUGAGACGAAGAAUGUACCAAUCGAAGAGAUGAACAGAGUGUGGAAGGCACACUGGUUCUGGGGAAGAUUUAUUCCUGAUGAAGCUGUUGGUGUUAGUGCUGCUGAGUUGCAACAAAAGGCGGUGUGAUGAUGGAACAAAGUUUUCUUUGGGCAAAAGACUUGUGAGAAAACUUGAAAAGAGAAAGGUGAUGAUUCAAAGGAUGAAAUGUCGAAUAAUGCUGCUCUGCUUUUGUUAAGCAGAGACUUAGCUUUCAGUUAGUUUAUUCUUUCGUUCUUAUUAAAUUUCUCUUUGUUGCAAUUGAAGUUUCGACCUAAAGCAAGUUAAGAAAAAAAAAUGAAAACUGAAAUCAGUUUGCCUUAUGUUUUUGUACUCUUA